UACAUAAGGUAAUUAGCAGUUUAUGAUUUCAGUAUUUUCAGCCACUUUAAGAUUAAAAUGGUAAAAAACAAAUAGUUUGUGCUAUGUGGGCUGCACCUUGUAAAGCAACACAUUUUUAUCCUUCUUACAUAUUAGUUUGAUUUGUCUUGAUCUCUCAAGUGUAACUUACUUGCAUAAUAUUUACUUGGUACAAAUAAAAUAUCUAAAGAAGAAUACUUAGCUGAGAAAUUAAAUUGCUAUAUUCAGAACCAGCAAAGCAUGUCAUGAUAAGAUUUCCAGUAACACACAGGCAUGGAAAUAGUUGUGGGGAAUAGUGGGAUAAAUUGCAGACUAUUAUUUCAAAGGCUCAUUACAGUCUUUCCCCUGUCACUUUGGUUGAGGAUGUGUUUACAGGUUUAUUUCCCAAAAGAUUAGUGAGUUGCAGACUACUUUUAGAUCAAAAUUCAUUUCCCUGACCUGGUUUCAGAUCUCACAAAUGCCUGCCACUGGGCAUCAAAAUUACAAAUGAAGCUUCAAGACUGGAAAAACAAAUCAGAUCUAUGUCAUGCUCGAGCAAGCAAAAGAACAAAGCUGUUUCAAAACAAACAUCUUAGGACUCAAAAGACAAAGACAAUGAAUUCACUUGACCUUGGGAAUCUUGCAGAAGUACAGUUUUGCUUUCCAUCGGUCAAUAAUUCAUGUCUUAGAAAGGAGAGGCCCAUGCCAAUUGUCUACACCAUGUACGUCUUCAUAAUCUGUUCCAUAGUGAUGACCAUGCUGGGCAACAUGGCUGUGAUCAUUUCCAUCACCCACUUCAAGCAGCUCCAUUCCCCAACCAACUUCCUCACCCUCUCCAUGGCCACCACUGACUUGCUGGUAAGCUGUGUGGUCAUGCCUUUCAGCAUGAUCAGGUCCAUCGAUUCCUGCUGGUACUUCGGAGACAUCUUCUGCAAAGUGCACAGCUGCUGUGACAUCAUGCUCUGCACCACGUCUAUUUUUCAUCUCUGCUUCAUCUCCGUUGACCGCUACUAUGCUGUUUGUGACCCCCUGCACUAUGUCACCAAAAUCACUAUGCCUGUCAUAGAGUUCUUUCUGGUCAUCAGUUGGACUGUUCCCAUGUUUUUUGCCUUUGGCCUGGUCUUCUCAGGAUUAAAUGAAGUAGGUACAGAAGAUUUUAUUGCAGCCAUUGACUGCACAGGUUUGUGUGUGUUGAUAUUUAACAAGCUCUGGGGGGUGCUGGCCCCUGUUAUAUCUUUCUUUAUUCCUGGGACAGUCAUGGUGGGGAUUUACAUACACAUUUUCACAGUAGCCAGGAAGCAUGCCAAGCAAGUUGGCACAGGUCCUAGGACAAAACAGGCUGACUCAGAAACCAGAAUGAAGGUGACAUCCAAAACAGAAAGCAAGGCCACCAAGACUCUAAGCAUGGUCAUGGGAGUGUUUGUAGUGUGCUGGUUGCCGUUCUUUGUCUUGACAAUCUUAGACCCUUUCAUUGAUUUUACAACUCCAGAAGAUUUGUCUAAUGUCUUUCUGUGGCUGGCUUAUGCUAAUUCUACUUUCAAUCCCAUUAUUUAUGGCAUGUUUUAUCCUUGGUUUCGCAAUGCUUUAAGGAUGAUUGUCACAGGGAGGAUCUUCAGCCCAGAUUCUUCCACUCUGAGCUUGUUUCCUGCCCAUUCUUAGGCAAUGUUCUUCAUUUGCAAAGAUUCUUUUCUAUUAGGAAACCUUCAAUGAUUUCUCCUCAAAUAUAUUGGCAUGAACUCAGCAGACGAGGAGAUUCUUUCAAAUGCCAUAAUGGACACCUUCCUGUGAACAAUAGAUCUAGUCUUACUGGUAAACCUAAGCUACCAAAGUGGUCCGUGUUUGGGCUUCUGGGGAGGGUAUCUCCAAUAAAAUGAACUCUCCAAAGAUUGCUAAUUUCUGAACUUUCAAAAAUAGGAAUCAAGGG